UACGACUACGGCCAGGUGCUGGGCAUGUCAUGGCUGUUCUACGAGGCGCAACGGUCGGGCAAGCUGCCCAGCACAAACAGAGUCCCAUGGCGGGGUGACUCAGCGCUGGGAGACAAGGCGCCCGAUGGUAGCGAUGUCACCGGCGGCUGGUAUGAUGCCGGAGAUCACCUGAAGCUGAACUUCCCAAUGGCGUGGGCUGCGGGCGUGCUGGCAUGGGGCUUCAUUGAGUUCCAAGAUGGCUACUCCUCCUCUGCCCAGACCCAGAUUGCUCUGGACGGCCUCCGCUGGGUGGCAGACUACUUUGUUAAGUGCCACCAUUCAGAUGUUGCCUACACUGGCCAGGUGGGGGACCCAGGCGCGGAUCACGCGGUAUGGGGGCGCUCGGAGGACAUGACAAUGGCGCGGCCGGCAUACGAUGUCGACGCGAACAACCCGGGCUCGGAUCUGCUUGGCCAGACGGCCGCCGCGCUUGCUGCAAUUUCCAUCGUGUUUGAGAAGACCGACGCAGCCUACGCGCUCAAGCUGGAGGCGCACGCUCGCGAUCUCUACGCAGUGGGCACCACGUUCCAGGGCAAGUACAGCGACAGCAUAAAGGGUGCCUACGUCUACCCCUCCUCCAACUUCCUGGACGAUCUCACCUGGGCCGCAGCCUGGCUCUACCGCAAGACCGGCGAGCAGCAAUUCCUGCAGGUGAUUUGCCGCAGCAAGGACGAGGAGGGGGGCGGCGGCUACCUGGCCUGGAACUGGGACAGCUCCAUCUGGGGCGCCGACGUGCUCCUGGCAUCGCAGGCCAGCGACAAGAAAUACGCCGCCGAGGUACGCACAAUUUUACAGUCCCUGACUGAUUUUUUGCUGGAUGCAUGGAUCAAGGGCACCGACGGCGUUACCUACACCCCGCACGGCCUCGCCUGGGGCUCCGAGUGGGGCUCCUUGCGCUUCGUGGGCAACGCCGCCAUGAUUGCCGCCGUCUACUCCAAAUCCAUCGCCGGUGCGCUCUUUCCUCCAUCAAACUCUAUCAAGUACAUCCUGGGGGACUCGGGGCGCAGCUUUGUUGUGGGCUACGGCAAGAACCCCCCCACGCAUGUCCACCAUCGGGGAGCCUCCUGCCCACCGGAGCAGCAGCCGUGGGGGUCCAACAACCCCCCUUGCUCCUACGACCAGUUCAGCCUCUCCUCCUCCAACCCCAACGUUCUCACUGGCGCCCUCGUGGGAGGUCCGGGCAAGGAUGACUCGUACGUUGACAAGAGGGACGACUACCAGAAGAACGAGGUGGCGGUCGACUACAACUCCGGCUUCACAGGUGCAUCCCCCGAUACUCCCCAAAGACUUCAAAAUCCACUGCCGCACACACCUACAGUCACAGGGCCUUAA